AUGAAUAAUUCACUCCAUUCAUCUUAUCGUUAUUAUCCACCGGUAGAGUUUACACCGACAACUCCACCACCAAAUUUAGUUGAAAAAUAUAAAAAUUCUACUGAUUUAUGUUAUAAUCAUAGAGUACAGAAUGAUUCACAAUUAAAUUAUUCUCAUAGAAAUUUAAGAACUGAUUUAAAUACUGAAUGUCUAACAAACACAUGUGAACCAGUGAAUACAUCAGGCAGUGAAAUGCAAUUCAUACGAAAUUCAUCAAAUAAUAUAUCUCAACAAACUAAUAACAUAGGAAUGAAAAAGAAUUUACAGAACAAUACUACUGCUACUACUACUACUAAUAAUAAUAGUAAUAAUACCAUUGAUAUUCCAGUAUUUCAUGGGCGACAGCGUAGUAUGCCUAUAUUUAUGCCAUCUUAUACAAUAUACGAUGAUAAUGUACCAGAUAAAAUCAAUAAUGAAAUCACAAUCGACACAGAGAAUUCUCAUGAAUCAAAUCGAUUGACAAUAAUUGAUAAAUCAACUAGACCGAAUACAACUAGUGUUCUAAGUAAUUCUACAACUGAUACAGAGAUAAAAAAUCUUCCAAAAAUUCAUAGAACAACAUCAAAUUCAAGUUCAUUAAAUUUAGUUAUUGAUAUUCAUUUACAUGGUGUUAGUUUACCAGAUAAUCGCAUGACACAAAGUUGUAUACAAGAACAAAAUUUUGAUAAAUCAAUAGAUGAUAAAUUAUUAAAUAAAAAGCAUUAUAGUAAAUGUUCAAUGGAAGAACUUUUAACAAAUAUGAAUUAUUGUACAUUAAGAGAUAAAUCGCAUAGAGCUAUUUCAUUAAUUGAUCAACAAAAUUCAUCAUCACAAUCCUCUUCAUAUGAAUUAAAUACUGAAGGAAGUCGAUUAAGUCAAAGAUUGAAUAAGUUACUAUGGAAUAAACAAAAUGAUUUUGCGAAUAGAAUCAAUUCAACUGAUACAAAAUUAGAUAAUGUAAAUGAAAAUAAAAUGAAAUGUUCAAUGGAUACAAACGGUUGGAAUUCACACAUUCAUAAUUAUAAUCAUAAAUCAGAUGACAUCAAGCCACGUCUAAGAAAUCGACAUCAGUUGUAUAAUCAUCAUCAACAUCAUCAACAUCACCAACAUUCUAAAGGAUAUGAUCAACCAAUAUAUAUGGAUCAAACAAAUGGAACAUGUACGGAUGAUUUACGUUUACGUCGUACACCAAUGCCUGUUCAUCGACAGUUGGUAAAUAAUUCUAAAGGUAACAAUUUAAAGUUAUCUAGUAUCAAUCGUUAUCCUACAAUGCCAAAUAUUAUUAAUUCAUCAAAAAAUUCCGAUUUUAUUGAAUCGAAUUCAGGAACAUUUUCACAGUCGGUUGAUAUUCCAUUGUUGAUUCGCUUGCUUCAAUCAUCCGAUCCAGAUGUUGUAUCCAAUGCAGCUGCUUAUUUACAACAUUUAGUUUAUCGUAAUCCAAGUUUAAAAGAGAAAACACGACUUUCUGGCGGUAUAUCAGCUUUAGUUCAAUUACUCUACUCAGAUCAUACACGUAUUUGUCUCAAUGCAGUUGGCGUGUUACGUAAUCUGACAUGUGGAGAUACAUUAGCUAUAAAAAAAGAAUUAGAACGUGUCGGUGGAAUACGUGCAUUGGCUUGGUUAAUUGAAAAUCGUCAAGUCUAUGGAACAACAACUGAUUCAUUUAAAGAUUUAAAUUAUUAUAGACUAACAACUAAUGGUGGCACAGAAUAUGAUGAUUUACAUCAAGCUGUUAAAUCCAUCUUAGAAAAUGCUGCCUCCGUUCUAUGCAAUCUAGCAUCAGUUAGUUGGUUAAAACGAAGUGUUCUACAAGAAGCGUUAAUUCCAAGUUUAUUAAAUGUGAUAAUUGUGCCAGCAGCAACAGAAACAUCAAUUUAUGCAUCAAAAGAUAAUGGAGCUCAGUCAAUUAUUAAUAGUAUUCUAUUUCGUAUAGUCACAUCAUUGAUUCGCAAUAUCAGCAGUUCUGAAGAUGAUGAUGUUCGUGAACAAAUGCGUCAAUGUCCUCAGCUGGCAACAAGCCUUUUCAGUAUAUUACGUUAUGCAGUAGAACAUCAAUUGUGUGAUAAAAGAUCAAUAGAACAUUGUGUUUGUACAAUUCGCAAUUUAUGUUAUGGUUUACAACAACGACAACAGACACAACAAUUAUCAUCACAAUCUUCUGUAACAUCGUCAAGUCAAGAUAGUAAAUCUCAAGAGAAACAACCACGCAAUGGUUCGCUGUUAAGAAUUAAAUCAGCUAGUCUUGUAAGCGGUAGAAAGUCAAAGAGAUCAACAGAAGUCGAAGCAAAAUCUGAAUCACUGCCAAAAUCGGUUAAUCACUCAAAAUCCGAUAAUAUUCCUUCACCAUAUGGAGAUGUAGAUUCAAUCAGGACGUUGAUUUACUUAAUACAAUACAGUUCAAAUCCAUACACACUGGAAGCUGCUGCUGGUUCCCUACAAAAUUUAACAGCAGGAAAUGGAAAUUCAAGUGAAUAUAUACGAGAAAUUAUUCGUUUAAAUCAUGGACUACCAUUACUUGUUGAAUUAUUAACUAAUCCAAUGCAUAAUGUUGUUGCUACAGCAGCUAAUGCUUUACGUAAUUCUGCAUUGGAUUCAACUAGUUGUUAUCUAAUUGGCAAAUAUGCAUUAAAUCGUAUUAUACAUGCAUUAGAUCAACAUUCAUGUGGUAUUGUAUUCAAUCUACACUCGAAUCAUUGUAAACAAACACAAAUGAACAAAUUCAUUAAUACCAUGCAUCAUCAUUAUAAUAAUAAUCAUAUUAAUAAUAAUAAUAAUAAUCAUAAUCAUUCUAAUUGUAAUUCUGAAUGGCAAUUACCACUGUACACAUCAAAUUCAUUGGCGAAUAAAUCAAUGUGUUUAACAAAUCAUGAAUCAGUGGUACACUAUGAACAUGAUGAUGUUGAUGAUGAGUUGGCUAAUAUGCAAAAACAAUGUACCACCGGUCUGUUGAGUUUAUGUUGUGUGAUAAUAAAUAAAAAAUUGGAGAAUGCUAGGUAA